UAUUCAAACAAAAGGAUUCCCCUUGUUAUACGAUAUUAUGGAUUCUUUAGAAACAUCAAUAGACGAGGAUUGUGUUUAUGCAUGUCCUAAUAAAGAUGUUUUACCAGUGAAGAAACCAUCUUACAACCCGCAUCCAGACGGUUGCAACUUGAUAGGGCUUAAUAUUGGACGAAUGUUGACAGUCGAGAUAAAUGAAUGUUGCAAAGCCCACGGUGCCUGCUACGAAACAUGCAACAAUUCGAAGGAUCAGUGCGAUCAGGACCUUAAGCGUUGCCUUUAUAAGUAUUGUGAAGACUUCGGGGAAAACUCCACCGACGAACACACGCAGUCCAAAUCUUGCCACGGAGUAGCUAAAAUGCUUUAUGCACAGCAAAUUGCGCUUGGUUGCAGGUCGUACCUGGAUUCGCAGGCGCGGGCUUGCGAUUGCCAAGGGAAGAGAAAAAUAAAGCUAUAA